AUGCCUAACGAUGAACUCAUGCGGCUUGUGGACUUUACCUCUGUUUUGACUGAACUCAUUGAUGACUUGAGUAUGAGAUACAAAGACCCCAAUGUUCAUGCACUAGCAGAGAGUAUUUCUCAGACGGCACCAAGAUUGUUUGCAGCACUGGUCUAUUCAGAUUUAAGGCACUACGUUUUGGUUUUUCACAACGCGGGGUUAAAUGACGAAGAUAUGCCAUUUACAAUAUCAUCCAGAAUCGACAGCAGUACUGGAAAAGAACAGUUUCAGCUCAGGAGCAGCAAAUCAGAGAGAGCGGUUCUGCUAGAUCAGGGCUGGAGACCUGACCUACUGAAUGCUUUCCUCCAUUUUCAAUGGGUAUUUAAUGCCCCGAUUUUCGAGUGCCAAAAUGAAAAUCAGAAACUGUACGGCGAUGUCCCACACUGGACAUUUGAUCAACACUGUAUCCUGCCAUUUGUUGAUGAAACGGAGAUACCAAACAACUUUGGCCGGAAAAUGUGGUCAGUCAUUAUUGAUCCAGCCCAUCAAUUGCUUUACAGGGAUAAGCAGGAUCCGAACCCAGCUAUUGUCAUUAUGAAGUUCAUUGGCACCGAAACGGACUUCCAGCACGAACUCUCAGUAUUGAAAUGCUUUAUCAGCAAUGACCAGAACCCGAGACUACAUCUCCAAAGACUGCUAGCCAGCUAUUACUACCGCCAAGCAUACUACUUUAUGUUCCUGAUGGCUGAUGGGAGUCUGCGAGAUUAUUGGAACUGCAAUCCGAAACCAGAAUUUUCGUCAUCCACCAUUAGCUGGGUUCUCACACAGUGCUGCGGGAUAGCGCAAGCCCUGAGAACUAUUCAAGAACCAAAAACGGGUCAACCUGGUUGGUACGGGAUUUUACAACCCGAAACCAUUUUGUGGAUAUCCAAAGAUAGCAAAGGAAAAGGACAACAUGGUUACAGUCCUAUUGAGCAACUGGUCAUCGCAGACCUCAAUUUUUCAUACCCUGAUGGAUGGUCCAGGCGUUCAAAGAGUAGACUCCGCGGCCACAUCCCGUCACAAUAUGCAGCUCCUGAGCUGGCAUCGGGACUUGAAAUUUCACCAUCAUACGACAUCUGGAGCUUAGGUUGCCUAUAUCUGGAGAUGAUCACCUGGCUUCUAGGUGGAUGUGACUUUCUUCAUUUGUUUGCGGCUAGACGCAACAAACACGAUCAUGGUUCACAGUCUCAAAUUUCAAAAGGCUCGUUCUACACUAUUGUCGAAGAUGACGGGAAGCUAGAAAUUCCACGAAAUGUCAUUGUUCUCCCAGAAGUUGUUCAAUGGGUGAUGGAUUUGAGGAAAAGUCCAUUAUGCUCAAAGUUCCUCAAUGAUUUCCUUAAUUUGAUAUGCGAUUACAUGCUUGUCACUUAUCCCCGAGGUCGAAUGCAAGCCGCACAUCUUUCACGUCAACUCAGUAGCAUACGUUAUGAAGCCGCAAAUGCUAUUAAAGACUCAAUAAAGCCUCUGGACUUGGAAAAGCUACCGGAAGUAAGAUCGACCAAGAGUCCCAGUUCACCUGCUGGCAGAGAUACACCGCCGAGGACUCCUCCGUCAGAGCGUGAACCCAGGCCGUUUGAUUUUUACAGAAUCGCAGCAUCAAAUGCAACCCUCAUCAAUUCUACAACUGUCUUUGGGUCCUCUCCCCAGAAUUUGGAAAGCCAAAUAAAUUAUGAAAAGAGCAUAAUAGAUCCCGAGCCGUCGACCAGAGUGGAUGAAAGCUCAUUAGGUGGGGAGAAGAGUCGAGGUCAAGAUGGUCACAUCAACAGUGUGGUUUAUGAUCCCGUACAAGUUUACACUCGAGGCUUAGACUCGGCCCUAGCCAGCGGAAACCUUGAAUCCGUUUUGACAUUCCUCUCCGAUCACUUUGAAUUGAUGGCCAAGGGAGACUACGUGUGGCUUCUGGAGCUUCGAGACCAUGGCUACACGGUGGAAGAAAUCUCUCGACUUCUUAUUGAUGAACGACAAGACUCGCCGUGGAUCUUCUUUCAACCUAGCACACUUCCAAAACUUUCAACAAAACUCAUCCUGGAUGAUUAUCAUCAACCAUCCUGCGUUCACAUGAUUGGACAAGAUCUGGGUGGACACAGUGAUGUAAUUUCAUAUAUGGAUGCAUCCGACCCAUUUUCUCAGCUAAUGGAGCUUUCCAGCGAUGAGAGCACCACUCUUCUCGAGGAGCUGUGUGGUCUUGCAGGAGUUGUUCCCGACCAUCGCAAUGGAAUGGCUUGGACUGGAUCAGUAAGAUUCGAGAAGCAAGACAAUUUACUGACUGCAUCGGUAUCAUACCGACGCAAUGACGACGAGCACAGCCUAGCAUCGCUUGCUGAGGUCAACCCUUUCUUUUCCAUUGACACAGUGGACAGAAUGUAUCGAAUGAUCCAUGUUCUGUCGAAUCUAUGCUCUGGUAUUGCUCAUGCUCAAAGACGCGGACUUUGUUGUGACUCAUUUACAUUCUUAUUCCUCCAGUCUGGUGGUCUCGGCAGGCCGAUCAUCGAGCUGUGCCAUUUAAAAGUAAUGUGUGCUUCCAUGCUUCUUGAAGGACUGCGAACUUUACGUACAGAAAACAUCUUGAGGCUUCCAUUGACUGCAAUGGAGGAUGUAAAAGGCUUUACAAGGGAAAUAUUUCACGCAUUCGAUCUAGUUAAUUUUUCUGCUAUAACCGAGGUCCAAAUCGUGGACCAUGCUUCUUUAGCUAUUCAAUUCCUUAGCCUAGCAUUCGCUUCAUAUCUCAAGGCUCACACUAGCCCCUUUCAGCCUUUUUUCCUUGACAGCCCUCUGCAGAGCAUCGAAUUGUUUGGAUCUCAAGAUCUAUCUACCGGUCGACCAAGUAUCACAGCCUCAUUCUACCAAUUCACCUGCUUACAUGAGAUGUUGCAAGAGCCUGUACUAGUAUUCAAAGAAGGCCGGGUGGAACAGCCGACAGGAGAAAGAUAUGACCUGUCAUGUUUCCCAGAAGACCUGGUAGAUACCUGGGGUCCAAGUCAAUUCAUUCCAAGCAACAACGCAAUCGAAGCCACCAAGGGCGAGCUAGUUGCAGUUGUGAUAGGAGGCGGGGUAAUUAAACCUACUGAUAGUACCUUGAAAACCAACAAAAUAUUUCAUUGGAGCAAGGACAUCGAUCCCCGCCACGACUCGUUGGUGCGAUUCACUCGAGGCGACAAAAUAACCGUCGCAGGAGUGGUCAGGGUCAAUGGAAGUUGUCAAUCUAAUCCAAUCCAGAGAUGGUCUUCGUUCAUAAGCUCCUUCGAGAAUCUUGGCACGACGCCGGGCUACUGGCAAUUCACUGAAUUCCAAGCUGGCAUAUCUUUGAUAGGCCAACAGUUUGCUGGUGCGCAAUUGCAGUUUAACAAAACUUGGACCUGGCAUCCAGGAAACAGUUGGAAACAUCAAUAUCUUGGUUUGAUGGCAGACGACCUUCCUCUUGCAGAGCUGGACCGACCAUGGGGCAUACUCGUGAGUGCAUGCACAGGUGUUGCUAGACGAGUGCCUCUUCGUGUUCUCCUGGCCGAUGUCCUUCCUGCCUUUGCUUCAAAUCUCACCUCGACACCCAAGGCUUGGGCUAAAUUGCAGCCAGGAAUUGUCAAGGCACUGCAAGAGAGCAGCUCGCACGUCAAACAGUGGCACGAUGACUUGUGUAAUCAACCCGACUUUCAAGAAAUUCAAAACUUCAGCAGACGGCUCAUACGGCAUAUUUUGCUGGUGCUCAGAGACACUGGCAUUGACCGAGAACACAAAACAUUUCGGAUAGCAUGCCCACAAGGCCACAACGCAGCGGCUCCUAUUACCAUGUGUCUUCCCGUUCCAUGCGAGAAAGCAUGUCUCUGGGCGCAAAUUCUCACGGACACAGAGAACUGUGCUACAUUCGCAUGCAUGACGACUCAAUGCCUGGAAUCUCAAGAACAUAAAUGUCAGACUACAACACCUUGGCAUUGUCCCUCUCUUGAUACAGCAGUCCAACAAUUACGAGCUCACAAAGAUCCUAUCCUUCUACAGCCACAGACUUGGCGCCUCAUUAUUGAUGCUCUGUAUUGGAUCGGAAGUCCCGAAUCUGGACUCCAAGCUAAGGUUUUGAAAUCAGCGACCUCCCCGAUACCGAGGCUUCAUAUAUCUAAGGGUAGGAUACCACAAAAGACCAGAGCGAGACUGGGAGCUAUGAUGUCGAAAAGAGAUCGCUUGAGGGAGAGGCAGAUCGAUACUUGGCCCGCUGAAGAUGUACUAGUGUUGUCCUAG